AUGUCAGUACAGAAGAAAAAUAACGCAUUACCACCGCCACCACGACCCGACCCGGUGACGCUUGAUCAAAUCUACAAUUAUCUGACUAGUCCGGAUGUGAUCAUGGAAGAGCGGUCGUAUCAUCUCGUCGCCCUCAGCAGUGUUGCCUUUCACCCAAGUGUGAAGCUGUUUUUGUUUGAGCACACGCCACUACACCCGACCGUGUCGAUUGGCGACGAUACCAGUGCCGAGGGCCAUAGUGCGGAGGUUGGCGAAGUUUUGGAGGCAAACCGACGACGUCGAGAGGCAGUGAUAAAGAGUAUCGCCUUCUUUCUUGCUCAGCGCAACAGUACAGUAGCACAUGAGUGUCGGUGGGAUACAGUCGCGUUGCUGGGCGAGUUAUGCCGCCUCGAGAACCUCACGCCACUUCGCGCAGGUGGCAACAAAAAAAAUGUCUUUGGUACCAUGUCGGUUCUUUCCCCAAUGCGGGAAGUGGUGCAGAAGAUCAACCACUACGCGCGUGCCAACCUGGAGUUUCUUGCACGGCUGCCAUGGUUUGUGCCAGCGGUGCAGGAGCUCAUUGGCGAGGAAGAAACGGAGGGAGCAGCGGCCGCGGUGUCUUCCUCAUCGGCAUCGCCGCUAACGGCUGGCACCGCCCACUUGACCAUACGCCGGGCUGAGCGGCAGCGAAAUGCAAGCAGCACGGACGAUGAAGAACUUUUUGGGAUCCGCGAGCCGGACGAGGAUGUGCGAAUUGCGCUGAAAGACAUCUUGUUAGCUCUGCCAGAAGUAACGCAUGGGGAUGGGGCGGAGGCAGCCGUUGUGUGGUCACCCGAGCGCAUGAAUCAGGCGCAGGACUUAAUGUUCCUCGAUGCCUCCACAACAAUUCUGCACCUCAUUCCACUUGUCUCCCGCUGCAGCCAUUUGCAGUGUGCCCACUGUGAAAAACGCGUUUCAGCUGCUGGUGGCAGUGACGGUAAUAAAGAUAACGAUAAUAAUAAUAAUAAUGCACUCCUGCGUUGUGGCAGCUGCAGGGCGGUGUAUUACUGCGAUGCGGCGUGUCAACGGGCCCAUUGGUCCCUCGCCCAUCGUGUGCCUUGCAAAAGUUAUAAGCAACUCUCAGAGGAUAUCAUGUCGCAGUACGAGGCAAUGAACAAGAGGCAUCAUGGUGGAAGCAGAAGGAAAAUGCAGCGGCAACAGAAGGAAGCGGUGGCGGUGCUGGAAGUACCUCUUGAACCUUCUCUUUUUUAUGAGACACGACGGUAUCUGUACGACCAUCGCGACCCUUCAUUUGCGGAAAUGUCAUUUAUGGAUUACUUUAUGAAGUACGAUGUUCGUGGGAGUUGA